UUCACUUUCUACGUGUGGUCUAAUGCUGGUGUUAUAAUGGACUCUCUACGUGUGGUCUAAUGCUGGUGUUAUAAUGGACUCUCUACGUGUGGUCUAAUGCUGGUGUUAUAAUGGACUCUCUACGUGUGGUCUAAUGCUGGUGUUAUAAUGGACUCUCUACGUGUGGUCUAAUGCUGGUGUUAUAAUGGACUCUCUACGUGUGGUCUAAUGCUGGUGUUAUAAUGGACUCUCUACGUGUGGUCUAAUGCUGGUGUUAUAAUGGACUCUCUACGUGUGGUCUAAUGCUGGUGUUAUAAUGGACUCUCUACGUGUGGUCUAAUGCUGGUGUUAUAAUGGACUUUCUACGUGUGGUCUAAUGCUGGUGUUAUAAUGGACUUUCUGUGGUCCAUGGACACAUGUGAUGUGAAGAUGUACUACAUCAUCAUAGAGAAACCUGGGUUACCCACGUUGCUCAUCAAUGCUGGCCACAUCUGUUACAUCCAGGAGAGCAUGUACAUGUCAAGGCUUAGCAGAUCUGAAUGUCUGCAGGAAUUGCCUGUCUUCUGUAUGGGCUCCAGUUAUGACAGGUUCCUGAAGGUAAACCACCUAAAAUCAGUGACUGCUAAGGAGGCAGAGCUGCUGCAAGCCCUAGGAGACGACUCCGAGAGACUGAAGUGGUAUUUAGAGAGGGAUGCUUUGGCUACAGCCCUGGGUUUAACUAAGGAUACACCUGUCACUGUGGAGUUGGAUGGGAAGUGGCUGCAGGGAAUUGUACGGUACGUCGGAAGGUUGACAGAGCCAAAGUCCACAGACCCCAUCGUAGGAACCUUCUUUGGCAUCGAACUACAGGGAGAAGACAAAGGAAAGGGACCAUCAGAUGGGACAUAUCUGUCAAAAACCCUAUUCCCCUGCAAGAAAGACUGUGGGAUUUUUGCUCCAUUUUCCAGAGUGAAACCCAUGUUUUCCAAACCCAAAUUGGUGUCCAAGUGUCUGACCUUUCCAGCAGCCCAGCUGGCCGCGCAACCGUCGUCCCAACAGGCCCACCAUCAGCCCCUCUCCACCGGAGACAGAGUCACCUUCUUCAUGGACGAGGACAUCCUCCAUGGGAUGGUGAUGGAUCUGGAGGAGAAGGACGGCAGGACCUUAGUCAUCAUCUCUACUGACCGGGAUGAGAAGAUCACCCUACCGCUGGACAGCGUCAUCAAAGGGGAACUGCUUCAACAGGAGCCUGAGCCUAUGGAGACUGAUAAGGCCGUUAUGUCUAUGGAGGAGGUUCACCCCUUGGGGCUUGGUGUUGACUCUCUAGUGGAGGUGACUCUGGCUAUAGGACCUGGCUAUGGAACCAUCCGCUGGAUAGGCACUUUGCCUGGGCAGAAAGGAACCUACGCUGGACUGGAGCUGGAGGAUGGGUACACUGGGGUUAGUAAUGGUACCUUUAAAGACCAUCGGUUCUUCAGAUGUCUUCCUAGACAAGGUCUCUUCGUCAAGCUUCUAUCCUGCCGGCCUGACUCCCGCUUCCAGGGGGCAUCAGCCAAUGUCCUUCAAGAGAGACAGGCGUUGCGCAGCCCUGGGGCGCUCCCCUCCUCCCCCAUCGCCUCUGACCAGGUCGAGAGGAUGCUGAUUGGUCGAAUGAAGGGGAUCCAGGGCCAUAUAAACUCUUGCUACAUGGACUCGGCCCUCUUCAGUCUGUUCUCCUGUUCCUCAGUAUUGGACUCCCUGCUGUUUAAGUCAACAGAGCCUAGGGAUGCCCCCAUCCAGAGUACCCUGCUACAUGACAUCGUCAACCCGCUCCGCAGUGAAGGUUUUGUGGAAGGGAGACACAUUAUGAAGCUUCGUCAGCAGCUGCAGGAGCUUGGAUACUGCCACACAUUCACCACAGAGGAGAAAGAUCCAGAAGAGUUUCUUACCCUCAUUAUGCACCAUAUUUUCUGUCUGGAUCCUCUCCUCAAACUGUCAGCAGGGGGAAAGGUCCAGGACAGUUACUGUUAUCAAAUCUUCCUGGAUAACAACCACAGCCUGGUUCUGCCUACUGUCCAACACCUGCUGGAACACUCCUUCCACAGCGCAGGACUCAAACUGGCAGAGGUGCCGUCUUGUCUGAUCCUCCAGAUGCCUCGCUUUGGGAAGAAGUUCAAGAUGUUUCAGAAGAUUAUCCCUUCACUGGAGCUGGACAUUACUGACCUCCUCUCUGAAGGUCCCCAGCAGUGUGUGUUGUGUGGUCAGCUGGCAUAUGAGGAGUGUGUGGACUGCUUCAGAGACCCAGUCUUCAGCAGGACAGGAUUUAAAGUGUUCUGCAGGACCUGCUCCUCUCAGGUGCACUCUCACCCCGAGCGGCUGUCCCACAGCCCCUCCCCCCUGCAGCUCCCUGAGGGUUACCCUGCCCCCACUACCCUCCGACCCCCGCCCCCUGCCCCACCCAGAGAGAGACUGGAGCUGUUUGCAGUGCUGUGCAUAGAGACCAGUCACUAUGUCUCCUUCAUCAAACAUGGACCAAACAGCACAGACUGGAUCUUCUUUGACAGCAUGGCUGACAGACAUGGAGAGAGGGAUGGCUUCAACAUUCCCCAGGUGGAGGCAUGUCCAGAGGUUGGCAUGUACCUGGUCAUGUCACCCGCCGAGCUGGCCAACCAGGUGCCUAGGGACAUGAAGGGUGUGGCUAAGCGUCUGUUCUGUGAUGCCUACAUGUACCUGUACCAGAGUACCAGCAUCAGCCUCUACCGCUGACAGAAGGCGGGACCACAUGGCAUCGGGCAGAAAAGGGAGUGCCUCAAAGCUGAAUAAAUCAACAGUGAUAACAUCUUCUCACCACUUCAUAUUCCUAAUGUGAUCAGAGGGAGAUGAGAGAGGGUCAGAGAGAGAGAUAGAAUCACUUAGAGGUAGGGACAGAGGCUGGGGGGCGGGGGCAUUGCUUUUGGAAGGAUGUUGGAGCACUUUUCUUUAGGAAGUGGGUUAACUAAGGAGAUCAUUUGAUCUGAUAAGCAUUAACACAGGAGCAGCAUACUAUUUAGCCUCAAUCUAUAUGAAAUAAUAAACAUGUUUGUUAUA